AUGUCGUCGUCGUCGUCGUCGUCAGCCGCCGCCAACAUUCCGCCGGCAAGUCUCGAGCAGAUUCUGCGCAUUCGACAGGAGCGCAAUCAGCGGACGCCGAAAUGCGCGCGAUGCCGCAAUCACGGCACCGUGUCGGCUUUAAAGGGGCACAAGCGGUUUUGCAAGUGGAAGGAUUGCCUCUGCGCGAAAUGCACACUGAUCGCCGAACGACAAAGGGUGAUGGCGGCUCAGGUCGCACUUCGACGCCAACAGAGUCAAGAAGAGAAGGACGCACGCGAGCUCGAGAUUUUGUUGGGCUCCUCGGGAAACGCCAGCGAGUUUUUGGAGUUGCUUCGACGCGACAAUGCCGACCAACAGCCGCAGAAUCUCUCCAACUGCUCGAGUUCCUCAGACUCUGGCGGUGAUAAACAUGAUGUGAAUGGAAAACAGCCGACAAGGGAAGAUGAGGAGAUGGUGAGUCGAAGUAGUCCGAGCAGUCCGACGAGCAGCGAACAGAAAAUCUCGUCGGUCUCGCCACCGACGAACAAUAACAUCGAAUGCAAUAUUGGAAAUGCGGCAAUGUUUCGACCGCAGAAUUUCGCGUUCCCAAUGUUCAACCCGUUAAUGUACAAUCGUCAUCUCAUGCGAAUGCCAAUGAUUCCGCAUUUCGGCUUCGCAGGCGCUUCGGGCCUUGGGAUUCCGGCGGAUUUCACCGCCGCAGCAACACUUGCCAAUGGAUUUCCGACGGCAAUUUCAGCUCAACACCUUCCACAAACCGCUCAAUCAUCUCCAUCAACCACCUCAAAUAGUCCGGUCACAAACACGAUAUUUCCUCAAAUUUUUCCACUCGAUUGCCGUCAAAUCAAGGCUGAAAAUGCUGAAACUGUCUAA